CCGGCGACUCGGCGAGAGAAAAUCCCUAGGCCUUUUCCUCCUGUCCUCCUCCUCCUGCGGCGCGGCUGCCUCCUCUGGGUUCUCCUCCUCGAGUGACCGAGUCGUCGUCUCCUCCUCAUUUCCUCCUGCGCCGCAGCUGCCUCCUCUGGGUACUCCUCCUGCUGCUCCUCGAGUGACCGAGUCGUCGUCUCUAUGCGCCGGACAUUUCAUCAAUUUAAUGGAGCUUAAACAAAAAUUCCACAAGACAAAAGCAAAACCAUAUAUUUGAAAAAAUAGAGUUUUUUCAAUAUGUUCAGCAACAGUUCCAAAAUACUGCAGCAAAAGUAAAAUUUGAGUUUUUUUUUAAAAAAUAUUCAGCAACAUGUCCAAAAAUAGUAGCAGUACAAUUCUUCCUUCAAAAUUUUAAAAUAAAUGAAUUAUAUUUUUUAAACGGAUAACCCGUGACCCGUUUAAUUCCGGUCCGUUUACGACCCGUCCGGACUUGGCCAGUGAACCCGUUUUGCCACCCCUACACCUCCCUCUCUUGGCUCUACUUCGUUGAGCUCUGGUGGUGCCUAAGCUCCAUUCCCGCGUGAACUCCUUCAAUGCCCGGCUAACUGAGCUCGUCGAUGGCGGCGAGGCAAUAAUGUAGCUGAGAGUGGAGGAGAGCCGUGCCGCCCAAAGAGGAGCUUGGGUCGCUUCCCUUUUCCAGAGCUGCCGCCCAGCAGCCGGACCCUUCAAUUUAUCCCUCCGCGGGUCGUCUCCGGCGACACAGGCGCCGUCUAUCUCGCAGCUGGUACAUAUGUUUGCCUCAGUGAGGUUUCUGAAAUUGAUGCAAGACAUUCUUGCUGCUGGGUCAGAAGUGAAGCUUCGGUUUCAGUUUAAUGUAGUAUGCUAGCCUUUCUCCAAUAAUGCGUAGCUCACCAUCUGCAUUUCGGAGUCUGUCAUUGCCCAUCUACCCUGUACAAAGGAAUAGAUCAGUUCUGCUUUUCAUUUACUCGCGUUCCUUGCAUUCUGCUGCUCUCAGCACCGUUCAAUCAGACCCAGAAACUGAUGGGACAGUAAUCCAUCCUAGAAAUCCUCCAUCUUGUAAAAUACCCAGGGAAUUAUUGCCAGGUGCAGCAAACAAAAUCCGGAAGGAUCAGGUCGUGUUGGGUACGGGAGGAGGGACAAUUUCAGAACAAAAUGAUAAGUUAAGGAGGUUUUCUGGGGUGCUGCAUAUUUGUGCUCUGUAUGGAUGCUUGAAUGAGGGGAAGGCUAUUCAUGGGCAGGUGAUCAAAGAUGGAAUUGUCCCAGAUUUGCAUUUGUGGAAUUCGUUGGUGAAUGUUUAUGCCAAAUGUGAGACUUUAAAGUGUGCACAGCAAGUGUUUGAAAAAAUGCCUGAACGAGAUGUUGCAUCAUGGACUAUAUUAAUAACAGGGUUCGUUGCUGCAGGAUAUAGCACUUCUGGUAUUAAAUUGUUCUGUGAAAUGAAGAAGGAAGGUAUUAGACCGAAUGAAUGUACAUUUACUACUAUUCUGAAAGCUUGUUCCAUGAGUUUUGAUUUAGGACUUGGGAAUCAGCUCCAUGCCCAAGUAAUUAAAAUUGGGGCCUUUUUGGAUGUAUUUGUUGGUUCUGCUCUUGUUGGUGUUUAUUCAAAACAUGGUGAAAUGGAACUUGCUGAUAGAGUGUUUUCCUGCAUGCCUAUCAAGAAUGCUGUGUCAUGGAAUGCUUUGCUUAACGGAUAUGCUCAGAUGGGUCAAGGGGAACAGGUUCUGAAACAUUUUUCCAGAAUAACGCAAUCAGAAAUGAAGUUUAGCGAGUUCAAUUUAUCUAUAGUUCUCAAGGGCUGUGCAGACUUGGGCUAUUUAAAAGAAGGUCAGGCAGUGCAUUCUCUAGUAAUCAAGAUUAGUUUUGAGAGUUUGAGUUGCAGUCUUCUUGAUAUGUACUCCAAAUGUGGACUGGUAGAUGAUGCACUCAGAGUCUUUGGGAGCAUCAAUGAGCCCAACGUGGUGGCCUGGACUACAAUGAUUAGUUGCCUCAAUCAGCAUGGCUGGAACCUAGAAGCUGCCUGUUUAUUUUGCCAGAUGAGGCAUGCAGGUGUGAGACCAAAUCAAUUUACCCUUGCUAGUAUUGCUAGUGUUGCUGCUACCUUUGGGGGCCAGCAUUACUGUGAAAGCAUCCAUGCUUGUGCUUGCAAAUCUGGUUCUGAAUCUGAUCUUUUUCUCUGCAAUGCGAUUAUAACAAUGUACAUGAAAAUUGGAUCUGUUCCAAAUGGAUGGCAAGCAUUUAAGUCAAUUAGAGACCCAGAUUUAACUUCAUGGAAUGCCCUUUUAUCUGGAUUUAAUGAAAAUGGAACUUGUGAGCAUGGGAUGAGUAUCUUCCGCCAGAUGCUUGGUGAAGGUUUUACACCAGAUGCGUACACUUUUGUCGGGAUUCUAGGAUCUUGUUCUAGUGACUCAAAUAUAAGCUUUGGGAAACAGGUUCAUGCCCAUGUUUUCAAGAAUAGCCUUGAUAAUAAUGUUUUCGUAGGAACAGCUCUCAUUGAUAUGUAUGCCAAAAGCAGGUGUUUAGAAGAGGCAAAUGUAAUUUUCAAUCGAUUGAGUGAAAGAGACAUCUAUAGUUGGACAGCAAUCAUUGCUGGAUAUGCACAGGCUGUUCAAGGGGACAAGGCUAUUAAGUGUUUCAGUCAGAUGCAUCGAGAAGGUAUGAAGCCCAACGAGUUCACUGUCUCGAGCUGUUUAAGUGGCUGUGCAAGUUUAGCAACCCUAAAAAAUGGGCAGCAGAUUCAUUCCUUCGCAACAAAGGCUGGACUGUCAAGUUAUACAUAUGUUGCUAGUGCACUUGUUGAUAUGUACUGGAAAUGUCGCUGCAUUGAAGAUGCUGAGACUGUUUUUAAGGGCAUGGUUUCACGGAGCAUAGUGUUGUGGAACACAAUCAUAUGCGGUUACUCACAGCAUGGACAGGGAGAGAAGGCUCUUGAAGCCUUUAGGAUUAUGAUAGAUGAAGGCACCACACCUGAUGAGAUCACCUUCAUAGGUGUUCUUUCCGCAUGCAGCCACAUGGGUUUGAUUGAAGAAGGGAAAAAACAGUUCAAUUCAAUGAGCGAUUUCUAUGGGAUCACUCCAUCUAUUGAACACUAUGCCUGCUUUGUAAAUAUCCUUUGUCGGGCUGGCAAAUUUAAAGAAGUUGAAAGCUUAAUUGAGGAGCUGAAGCUAACCCAUAAUUCCUUGAUCUGGGAGACUGUCCUCUGGGCUUGUAAAAUGCAUGAAAAUGUAGAACUUGGUAAUAGAGCUGCAAGGAAACUUUUUGAGCUUGAACCUAAAGCGGACUACAAUUAUAUAAUGUUAUCUGACAUUUUUGCAGCCAAAGGUAGGUGGGAUGAUGUUUCCAAAAUUAGAGCACUGAUGUCUGACCAGGGAAUUAAAAAGGAACCUUGCUGUAGCUGGGUUGAGGUUGAUGCUCAAGCCCAUUCGUUCUUUGCUCAAGAUGACUCUCAUCCAAAGAAUAAUGGAAUCCGUCUACAGUUAGAGCAGCUGAGUCGACAAAUGAGGAGUGAGAAGUGGCUCUGGGAUUAAGCCCUACGUGCGGGCUAUACAUGUUUUUGGGGGAAGUCCAGUUGAACAAAUGAAGCAGCAAAAUUUGUUGGCGACAUGCUGCACAAGCCACAGCACAAAUAUGAGAAGCCCUAACAAAUUAUGCUCAAACCUUUGAUUGAAGACCAUGCUGAGAACUUUUUAUUGCUCUCUAGCUUUCUAAUGCCAUUGCCUACUAAAUCCCUGUACUGUUAUUGAAUUUAUGCAAUCAAAAUGUUUGUGGGCAGGAAAAUGUAAGUGAGAGUUAUCUGAGUACAAGCCCCUCCUGGGAGCCACAUAAGAAAUUAAGACACUUGCAGGAUAGGCGAGCAAGGUAGGAAACUGGCUGGACACAGGAUCUUUGCUCUAUGAUCUCAUCCAGGAGGCAAAGAAAAGCAGGCCUAGCUUCACCAUAGCAAGCAUCUGGUGGUUGUGGAUGGCCUGACCCAGCAAGAACUCCCAUUAGCCUCAUCUUGCCUGUUGACAAGCCCAUCUUGUUCUCUGAAUUAUGCUGUAAUUGGAUUCUUUGUUUUUAUUAUUAUUUUUUUUUCAGAAACCCAGACCCGAGGAACUAUCAAGCCCCAGCCAGGGGUGGGUUAGGAUUCUUUGGUCUACCAGCUGAAUAUAUGCAAAUCAAAUAAUAAUGUGUUUGCUUGCUAAUUAUACAUUUUCAUUCCCCUCCAGGAACUAUCAAGCCCCCGGGCAGGGGUGGGUUAGGAUUCUUUGGUCUACCAGUUGAAUAUAUGUAAACAAAUAAUAAAGCUUACAUGGUGUGUUUGCUUGCUAAU